AUGAAAGCUCCGGACACUGCUGCUCGCCCUCUCAUGCUUCCUUCCCGAGCCCCUGGAUCCUCUCCCGCCUCGCCUCCUGCCUCACCUCCCACCUCGCUUCCCGCCUCUCCUCCCACCUCGCCUUGUGCCUCUUCCUCCGCCUCCUCGCCGCCCUUCUCCCUCCCUGCUUUUAGGGAUCGCCUUAGUGGGACGGGUGGAGACGAAGGGGUGAUGAUGGCAGCAGCAGAUGACUCGGUGUUUUCAGAUCGUUAUUCGUGUUCCGAAAUAAGGAGCCUGGAGGAGGUUCUUACCGACCUGGCCACGUCAGCUAGAAUGCCUCCUCUAGUGACACGCAAGCAACCAGCAUCUGACGUGGCACCACAGGGUUUGCACGCAGAAGAAGCCUCUGCUGACGCAAACGGUGUCAGCACAAACAGCAACACAGCAGGCAGCAGUACAGGCAGCAGCAACGCAGGAACUAAUGGAAGGGCGGAUGAAAGGGACGAGACAGAGGAGGCGCGAGUGGUAGCAGAGGAAGGGGAGUCGGGGCGUGGCGUGGUGAUCGUGACGGUUUUAUCAGAGGCGUGGAUUCCAAUGUUGAAGAUCCUGGAGUUCUGCUGCUCGCUGCGCCUGCACUGCUUCCUCGACACACAGGAGGAUGCUCCGAAGAGUGAGAGGGACGACUUCAGCGGUGGGCAGAAGAAAUUCAUGACCCCCUCCUAUCUGCACCUGAACCCUCUUCCUCACCUGCUCCCCGUCUCAUCCGACUUGCUCAUAGCGUGCGAUCGCUGGUCAGCAGACCCCAAGGCAGCAGCAGCCAAUGGGGGUUUCUAUAUGGCUCGCAGCAACGACCGUGUGUUGCGGUUCUUUGACUACUGGAUCAGUGCACACACCCGCUUCCCCGGGAUUCACGACCAGGAUGCAUUUAUGCGAGUGCGACCUGAAGCAGACCCGUACACCCGGGAUACUCUCCGUCUUGCUGUCCACUACCUGCCGACGGACCGCUUUGGCGGUUUCUGCCAGAUCGGGCGGCAGCUGGGGUGGCUGGUCACUGUUCAUGCCAACUGCUGUAUUGGACUGGAGGAAAAGAUGCGAGCGCUGCAGCGGGUGGGUUAA